UACAAUUAAUGAUUUUCUCAAAACAAACAAAAUGGCGGGAAGGUAUUUUAAACACAAAUGUGAAGACGAACAAACUAGAUGAAAAGACGAACAAAAGCACCAAAUUUUGCUUUAACAAAAGAACUAAAUGAAAAUACGAACAAAAGCACCAAAUUUUGGUUGAAAGUGUGGCAGGAUUGGGCUUUGGCGAGAGAAUAUGAUGUUGACAUUGAGAAGUACGUAUCCAAUUUUGUCAUGCUAAUAAUAAAAAAGUAGCUAGUAGCAAAAUUUCCAAACAUCACUCGUACUAUUAAUCCCUAAUUGUACUCGCCAUCGCAUGAUUACCUAUACUAAUACACAUUUAAUACGUCAUAACCCACUAUAUCAAAUCAUUGAAUCAAGUUAAUUACUUUGUUUCUUUCUGAAAACUCAGUGUGUCUUAAAUGUUGACGCCGGCAUAACUGAACGACUUUUUCAUUGCAUUAAGUGUUAAUUUAUUCGCUGUUAGCCAGUCAUGAACAUUUUCAAGUUCAGUACUUAAUCUCACUUCGAUAUCACUUGCAGUUUCUCCAGUAACCGAUAAAUUGGUAUCAUCAGCAUACAUAACUGGUUUUGAAUUUUUUAAACAAUUAGGCAAAUCAUUUAUGUAAAUUAAAAAUAGGAGGGGACCCAGGUUAGACCCUUGUGGAACACCACACGAAAUAUGUUUUAAAGAUGAUGAAAUAUUAUUAACUCUACACGCUUCAGUUCUUCUAUGUAAGUAGGAAGAAAACCAUGCUAACGCACUAUUUUUGAUUCCAUAUAAUUCAAGUUUCUUAAUAAGGAUCUGGUGGUCAACCGUAUCAAACGCUUUUUUGAGAUCGCGGAGAAGGACCCCGUUAAUAAGGCCAGUAUCCAUGUUUACUAACCAAGAGUUGGUUGUAGAGAGUAAAGAGGAUGUAGUUGAAUGGCCUUCUCUAAAACUAGACUGACCGCAACGACUGAUAAUACAGAUAUUGGGCGAUAAUUACCACACUCUUGUUUGUUCCCCGAUAUAUAAAUAGGUGAAGUUUCCAAUCAUCCGGAAAAACGCCAGAAAAUAUAUAUAUAUAUAUAUAUAUAUAUAUAUAUAUAUAUAUAUAUAUAUAUAUAUAUAUAUAUAUAUAUAUAUAUAUAUAUAUAUAUUAUUUUGUCCACUCGUUUUAGAGAUUUAAGCUUACUCAAAACAGUUUCAACUUCAUCAUUAGAAAGCGAUUUGAACUCAAAAACAGCACUAACCGACCGCUCAAGAUAUUCUUCAAAUCCUUUAUUACUUGGUGAAAUCCAGCUGUUGGAUAAUUCUGUACCAAUUUUUUGAAAAGUAAUCGUUAAAAGUUUCAGUAAUAUCAUCCUUAUUCGUAAAUAUUUGAUCAUUUGAUUUGACUGAAGUUACAUUUGUUGUUUUAGAUGAUUUACCAAUGAGUUGGUUUAUAUUUCUCCACAUUUCUUUAGAGUUGUUUUUCGAAUUACUAAUUACCUCUUGAAAAUAACUAGCUUUCGUAUUUUUAAUCAAUCUAUUGACAUCCUUCCUAGCUGUUUUGUAGGCCUCAUGCAAGCGAGAAGAUUUAGUUUUAACUGCUUUCUUCUUCAACGUAUCACGAUAGUUCAUUAACUUAAUUUAUUAUCUCUCCAUUUAUCCAGGGGGUAUUAUUUACUUUUAACUUUUUUUAGCCUAAUAGGAGCAUGUAAAUUGGAAACCUCAUUGAACCUGUCCUUAAAUUGUUUCUAAAGCGCAUUUGAAUCAUCAGUGCUCCAAUCACAAUUCGAAAGUGCGAUAAAAAGAUCCCGUUUGAAUUCUAAUGUUUUUUAAUGCUUAAAAUUCCUUGAUUCUACAAUUUUUAAUUGGUGACGUUUUGCAAAAUGAUAUCUUUCUGCAGCCAUAAAUGAGGCUAUGGUCACUGACACCCAAAUGCAGCACCCUAGAAUUAAUAAUAUUUUUUGGCUUAAUAGUAAAGAACAAGUCCAACAAUGUUUGCGUUUCUUCCGUAAUACAUGUUGCCUCUGUAAUUAUCUGCUUAAGUUGAAAUAAAUUAGCGAUAUCCAGAAGCCGGUUUGUGAUAUUGAGUCGAUUUACUGCUAAAAGAUUGCAGUUUACCGACCAAAAUGAUUUCCUUGUUCUCGUCGUCUAAGUUUUCAAUCAAAUUUUCAAUAGUAUCAAAAUUCUGGAGUAAGGUAGUCUAUAUAAGGAUGUUACAAUUAUCGGUUUUGAUUUAAUUUUGUUAACUUCAAUACAAACCACUUCUAGAUGUUCAGGGACCAAGUCACAUAUUGUCCUAUACGGUAACUAAAUUUUCCUCCACAGAUUGUCCUAUAUGGUAAGAUCACAGAUUGUCCUAUAUGGUAACUAAAUUUUCCUCCACAUUGCAAGUGAUUGCAAAGUGUACAAGGUAGAACAAAGAAAUAGUAUCAUUAAUUUUGUCACGUUGAACAACAAUGGUUUCUAACAUAUGUCAACACCAGUGGCGUAGCCAGCCCGACAAUUUAGUCCCGGUAUUUUGUACCAAAAAGUAAAGAUAUUAAAUCUUUUAAUUUUAAAAAUAUCGUGUUGUCAUGGCAACACUUGACGCCACGACGCGAACCUGCGUUCAGUGUUGGCCAGUUACUAAUACUUCAUGUUAAAUGUGAGUCAGAUUCAAAAUAUUGAGUGAAAUUAUAACUCAAAUUUAUGAGAAAUUUACACCAUUUUUUGAGUAAACUAAAUCUGUGGUCAAAACAUUUAGUAAAUUUGAAACUUUACUCCUAAAAAUUGAGUAAGUCAUUGAGUCGCUGUUGGGGGACUUACAUUUUACUUACGUUUUUGAGUCAAAAUAUUCAGGGUUUCAUUGUCAUUUCAAAGGAUUCAUUGUCUACUGAGCCAAUGGCCUGCUCUUAGUUGGAUUACCCCUUAUUAGUGCAAAUUUGCUUUGCACUAUUGUGAUGGGCGAAAAUUCAAUCGAUUGGAAGAUUGACCUUGAGAUCGUCUCAAAUGUCUAGAAGUUUAUAUUAUCAGAAUAUUUGUCUAGUAACUAUGCGAAUUAAUCAAGUAACUUUUCAGAAAUUAAUCAAAGUGUCUAUAUAGAACCAAAUAGUAUUAAAAUGAGACACGACAAAUUGUGACAACUGAAUGUGAAACAUUAAUACACGCCAACUCGUGUGAUAAUUUUGUUCGAAGCAGAUUGCGACUACUAAAAAUUUAAUUCAAGCGUGAUAAAGAACUUCUAGAACCCCUGUUAAAAAAAUUGUAAUUUUCUGAUAAAUUCACACAAGUAGUUUUAAUUUUUUGAAAAAUUCCAACCAUGUAUACGAUCACCUUUUAAUUACUUCAUAACCAUGUGCUUAUUUCGUACAUUACGUGCGUUUGGGUGUCAUUAUAAAUCUUUACCAGAAGAUGCACCUGAUCGUGUUGCAAUGGCUGUUUCUUACUUGUCUUCAGGUGACUCCCGCGACAAUGUUGUAAUAUUGCAGUUUUGAAAAGAAAUAUUAAUUAGCAACUGAAAUGUCCGUCGGGCACGACUUUGGUCACGCCCUUUUGGUCCGGCAAAACAACCCCCCCCCCCCAGCCGUAAUACUGAAGUUACGGUUCCACUUGUUUUUAUCAAUUUUGCACUAUUCUUGGGAUCUCUGAGUUUAUACACCCAUGCAGUGUGUAUAAGAGCAACUUUUGGCUGGUAACAAAAAAAUAGUGGAUCUUGUAUGCGGAUUUUUCUGUAUCCGAACUGACUGAACAAUUCACCUGGUGUGAACCAUGCAUGAUACUAAGUCACCAAAUACAUAUAUUUAUUUAGUAUGAUUAGACACUAUCCGUAGCACCUAAACCAAACAGUAAACCAUGAGUAGAUGUUAAUACAUUCGGUGAAUGUGUGUUAUGGAAUUGUAACCAAAAAAUCAUUGCCAUACGAAUAAACGUAAGUUAAUAAGUAUAAACGCGACCGUGUCAAAGAGUUUAAUAAUAACAAAUGGCUGUUACUAAGGGAUAGAUCUUGGUUAUUGCAUGUACUUCUCGUUUAUUUCAAGUUGUAAAUAGUUUGUUCUGAUUCGUUUAAAGCUUGUUUCUGCCAGACUAGCCAGAGGAAGUGUUCGUGGAACUUUGAACAAUGCUGCACAAGCAUCUUGUAUUGCCAAAGUGUUGUCAGCUUCACAGAAAUAUAUGCGUAAACAAGAGGUAAAGUCUGUUUGUUUUUUUUGUGAUUUUUAGAUGAUGCUACUCUGAGUGUAUCCACAUGCUCUGGGAAAACAGAAAAGUUUGCUUGAGCACGGUGGGGAUCGAACCUGCGAUCCCCACCACGAUCACACAAACUCUUCAUGCAGCCUGCCUAGUGUGGAUGCAUUCAGAAUAGGAUCAUGUCAAAUAAUUUCACCUGAGUACAUACACCAGAAUUAUUAAAUUUCGUAAAGAAUGAUUCUUCGGCAUCAUUUAUUCAUUGAUUAGCUGCAUGUUACAUCAAUUGUGAUCAUAUGUAAUAUUAUUACAGGUAUAUAAAGUAAUGGCAAGUGUUCAAUUGGCAACUCCAAUAUUGGGAAAUAUGAAGCCAGCUCCACAUUUAGUGCAUCGGCACAUGCCAAUAACACUUGUUUAACACAUCAUUGAAUACACCCAGCCCUGUUUCGCCACACACUUUAUGCAUUAUCAAUAGGUGCAUGCACUCCAAUGAACCCUAAGACAAAGACUUUUUGCCGUGUUGGAUGAAAUUUAAAUUACAAACAAGCAAAAUGCUCUGUCAUAAAGUGAGCAAUUUAAUUGUGUAAAGAAUAUGUAACUUUUUAACAAAAUGGAGAAUAGAAUUACAUAAUUGUAUAAAUUAGUAAAUUAAUAGUAUUGAAAGCGGAUAUGAGUUUUAUUACCCAAAAUAUCUUUGUAGAAUCAAAGUAUAAAAGCAUAAUUGCUUGCUAUAUUGUUUUCCAUGCAGUUUGGCCAGCAUCAAAGGACGAGAUAUAAAUUUGUCAAACUUUCUAUUUUCCCGUUCUUCGAUCUGGGACAAUCAUAAACGAUAACAAUUAUUUCACAAUUCUCAAAAUCUGGUUUCAUCCUUUCUUUUUGCAAAAUGAAUACAACUUUCCAAAAUGAAAAUUAUAAACAAAUUAAAACAUUACUUCCAGUUAUUAAAAUCAAGUUUCUUACGUUGUUUAUUGAAUGUUUUUAGAAAUUAUUCCUUUUUUUCUCAGAAUGAAUGUAGCUUUGUCAGCUUGCGUGAUGUUGAAAGAGCAAUGAAAGUUAUAAUAUGGUUUUAUUCCAACUCCGAAUUGAUCAAUUGGGUUAUUGGAGAUGGUGAUAAUGUCAGAGAUCAGGAUAAUAAAAGUUCUGAAGAAUCUAGUGAAGACGAAAGUGAUGAAAAUGGCGAUGAGCAAGUUGAACAAGUGAGUUUCUUGAGAUUCUUCCUUCUUCUGCACUACGUGUUUUAUUAAACAAGCACAAGUUGUCUAAGGAAAGCGAUCAAGAAACCUUUUCCUUUUGAUUCGCAACAAAGUUGGCAUGUGAUGAUAGGCCAUUAAAAGACUAAUAUAUGGUGAAUAAAGUUUGCCUUAUUGAGAAGCAUUCACCACUUUUUAUUUUUACAUUUUUUAGCCUUUAAGUCCAACUGUACGCGCUGUAAUCCUUGGCAUUGGCGUUUGUUAUUAUGCAAGAUUAAAUGAAAGAGAAACAUACUGCCAUUACAUUUCCAGAUAUUUUGACAAUUCAUGUCCGUUACCUGGAGGUGCGCGCAGGAUGCAAAAUGAAAUUAUAAGGUGGGUAAUUAGAUUUUAUGUAUAUGGGAGGUUUACUGUUUAACAAUGUUUGUGCAUGUAGAUAAUAGAGUGGUUUUGAGUGCACUUUGAACAUUUAUACGUGAGGUUUUAAAAUAAUAUACACUUAAUGUCUGCACCCGAGGGAAAUAGUUAGUUUUGUUUUCCCGAGAAUCUCAAUGUUUCCCGAGACGAAGUCGAGGGAAACAUUGAGAUUCGAGGGAAAACAAAACUAACUAUUUGCCGAGGGAAAAGACGUUAAGUGUUUUGUUAUAUAGCGACGAAACAAAUAUCAACAUUGAACAACAUUCAUACAACAAUAUUUGUAUUUCAUGACAAAAACUCUAUAGCGUAAACGAGUUUAAAAUUUUAAAAACCUACUUAAAUGGUUUCAGCAGCAUAUCCUGUUGCCUGUUAUGUAUUUUUCUUCUCUUUUACAUUCUUUAUUUUAACACAAAGCCACGAAAACAGUAGUUUAAAUAGUAUAAAUUUGUGCCGCCAUUUUGUUUAUUUAUGUACGUAGCCGGUCGGAGCGGGUAACAAUUUUUCACUUAUUGCCCGGGCGGGAUACAUUGCAUUUAUCUAAAGCCACGUGACUACAAAUCAGCCAAUCACGUUUGGUGUUCACACUAGCUAUAUAACAACAAUAAUUAUUUUUUUAUUUGUGCAUGCCUAGUGAUAUUUUUUGAUUUCCUGCGAUCUGAUUGGCUGCAGCAGCGGGCAGCUUUUUACGAUAUAUUGACCGUCGUCCAAAAGAGUUAUUUUUUCGCGAAAAACCGAGGAGUGAAGACAAUUUUCAAACUCAAAACACUACCCAAAAAGUUUAAAAAUCCACCCUAUCGAAACUAAAGACAGUAAAAUACAGUGAAUUGGCUUCAAUGGACUCAUAGUGCCAAGCCCGAAAUGUACUUUUCUCCGACCAAACUGCGAAAAAAAGAAAUAUAAACAUCGAAAAACACUUGCCAGUGCUACAAGUUUUGAUUCAAAUGUUCCACAUAUAUUCAGCUUUUCUUCAAAAAUAUACGUAUAAAUAUAAAUAGUACAACGUACAACUUGUCCUUAAACAUAAAAUGUUAAAAAAACAACCUUAAAUGGCAGUUUAAAGGUUUAUUCGGGCAAAAUUGUUUUUAUAAAUGUUGUAAAGAACAAAUUGUUUUUCGGUAACUAAAAUUUGUAUUUGUCUGUCAAAAAGCAUUUUCAAGCAUGUCCAUGCUGCAAAACGAAUCGGAAAAUAAAUAUUUUUACUUUGUUUACCUUCUGUUUUCUUGUUAAGUAGAAAAGCAUCUAUUGCAAUGAAACUAUAACAGCUUUUUAUCCAGCUUUAAUCGCGUCGUUUUAGCAGUUUGUCAGCCAUGCUUGCACUAUUAAAAGUAAUAAACGCAACUGAUCUCAAAUGUACUUCGCAACUGGAAUUUUAUCGGAUUUCAUUAUAACCAGGAACCAUUAAAUAAAAAAAUAAACACGUUAUUUACCGUUUAGGUCGGUCCGUACUAAAAAAUAUUUUCCCUCGGCCUCAGAAGCGUCCCUCGGCCUUCGGCCUCGGGCCGCUUCUGAGACCUCGGGAAAAUAUUUUUUCAGUACGGACCUCGCAGCCGGUAAAUAACAUAUAUAUAUAUUGCACGAGUCCAAAAGACGGUACUUGUUCUUGUAAAUGGCGCAAGAGAUCUUGAUAUUACUUAUUACUUAAUAAGAGAAAAUGGUAUAUGUCUAUGUAUAAUUUUUACUCAUGACAAGAGCUUCAUAUAUACUUGUUCAUUAGCUUCUGCAUGACGUUAUUUUUCCUUCGCUGGAUGUUUUAUACUUCAAUGAUUCGUUUCGAAGAAACUCCAAUUUCUUAAGAAUACUUUUUCUCUAUAUCAAUGCCAAGUGAGGAACACGUUCAUUUUCAUAACGAAUUUUCGUAUAUUUCUGGCGUUAUGUAUGUUUCGUUAGUCAUCGUGUAUGUUUGUUAUCUCGAUUGUUGGCUAACUCUUAUAAUUCUGACAACGUCGUUUACACAUUUAUACACUUCAUAUUUUUUUAACUGGUAAACUUUUUUUCAGAUGUCAACGUGGAUUUUUGAAGGACAUACAACUGGGUCGAAACAUUGCCAGAAAUACUGCUUUAAGUGAGAAUGUCUUCAUGAUGGCAAUCUGUACCGAGUUACGCAUCCCGUUGUUUGUUGUUGGUAAACCAGGCAGUUCCAAGUCUUUGGCAAAAGAUGUUAUAUCGACCAACAUGAAAGCUGGUAACUCACAAAGUGAAUUGUUCAAGAACUUAAAACAGGUACGCAAGUGAUUUGCAUUGAAAGAUUCAAAUUCAAUAUGUUUUCAGGAAACUGUCUGCACUUCUCCAUCCAUCCAUCAAUUUUAUUUUUUUAGAAACAAAUGAAUAGACAGUCCGACGCUUUUCAAAGAAUAGAUAGUCUGACGUUUUUUCAGAGCUCGCGCUCAUACCAUAAACGAUGGACCUUACAGGCCAAAGAAAAAUUAAUGUCGUUUUUAAGUGCACAAAAAUUGUAGACAAUAUUUAACGGUUGAAUUAAACAACGAGCAGCAAAAUUUAUUACAAACAAAUAUACUUUUAGGUCAAGUGUUAUUUUAAAACAAGACUUUAUGUACUAUUUAAAACAUAAGCAGCAGUGUCUUAUCUGAUAUAAAGAUACGAUGCGAAGCCGAAUAUCUUUAGGUCUGAUAAAACACGCACUAUAUUACGAUUGUUUUAAAUUGCUACAAAAACGAUUGAUUUAGUAUUACUAAGUUCAUUGGCGAAGUAAUUUUUUAAAAAUACGUCGUUCAAGUCGAGAAAAUCAUAUUUAAAAUUUAUGUAAAUCAAGAGAAAUCUCUAUCACAUAUGAAGAUACGACACGCUUAUACAUGAUAUUUCUUUGUGUUUUCCUCCUGAAUUAUUAAUGAGUUUUUCAAUAAGUAGUCAAAAAUAUUCCCUAUAUGCAUGCAUGCAUAUUUUUAUAUUUAACAAAUAUAAAACAUUUUCCGUGUUGAUAUACAGUUAUAUCAACACGAGUGGAAAUUGGGAAAACGAGAAAUUGUGUGGAAACACGACGCCCGAAGGGCGGAGUGUUUUCACACAAUUUCGAGUCUUCCCGAUUUCCGCGAGUGUUGAUAUUUAACAAUUAUUCGCCAAAGGCGAGGUGAUUAUCGGGGAAUAUUCGCCAAGACGAAGUCGAGGUGAAUAUUCCCCGAUAAUCACCGAGCCUGUGGCGAAUAAUUGAUUUAGUAUUUUUACACAAGUCUUUUGUGUUUUUUGGGACUGAAUUUAUUUUAAUUUCGCUUAUUUCUUUAUCAAUAAUUUCCAAAAACGGCUAUAGCCGCCAUUUGGAAAAUUUCGGUUUUAUUAUAUUCACCUGUAUAGGUGAAUAUAACAGCUUAAUACGUCAAAUAUGACCAAUCAACUUGUAGGAUUUGUUAUGUUCACUUGUGCAAAAAUACUAAAACUGUAUAUUGAUUCGGAAAAAUGUUUCAUAUAAUUAUAGUUUUAUAAUAAAUAUUUUAUAGUGAAUUUAUAAUGUUUUAUAAUAAAUGUUUUACAAUAUAGCACAAAGAAAUAUAAAGAAAGAAUUUUUCCGACGUUUCCGUGUUGACAUUGAGUUAUAUCAACACGGCUCUUAGCCAAUCAGCGUUCAGAAUAUACAAAUGUUAUAUUAUAAAUUGUAUUAUAAUAUAGCAUUUGUAAAUUCUGAACGCUGAUUGGCUAAGAGCCGUGUUGAUAUAACUCAAUGUCAACACGGAAACGUCGGAAAAUUUCUUUCUUUAUGUUUCUUUGUGCUAUAUUAUAAAACAAAUAUAAAACAUUUUUCCGUAUUGAUAUAUAGUUAUAUCAACACUCGUGGAAAUUGGGAAAACUCGAAAUUGUGUGAAAACACUCCGCCCUUCGGGCGUCGUGUUUCCACACAAUUUCUCGUUUUCCCAAUUUCCACUCGUGUUGAUAUAACUGUAUAUCAACACGGAAAAUGUUUUAUAUUUGUUAAAUAUAAAUACAGUACAGUAUAAAUAGCAUGUAUUCCAAGUGACCUCACAAGUGUAGUUUCUCCAGAUAUUCCCACAAUUCUUGCAGGUUUAACAGUAGAAUAUAGUUAAUUUGCAUUCAUUUGAAAAUCAAUUCCAGAUUGUUUGUGCUGUAGAUAAAAACUGCAAUCUACGCUAUUUAAAUAUAUAUUGUGACAAAUCAUUAAUACUUCAUGAUGGACACCACAAAAGAAAUCUUGACUGUGAAAGAGUUUGUAUAUCGGCUACGCAAUCAUGCUGAUUUACAUCGAUUUUAAGUUCAUUUUUCUCACCAAAUAUUAUUCAUUUAUUUUAAAUUGCUGUAGAAUACGAAUGUUCUCAUCAAGAUGUUUCACAAGCCAUUUACAACAUUUGCGUCUGUGUUGUAUCGGAUAUACAAACGUGAGGCGAAGGCGCGGGUUUGUAUGUCCGAUACAACACGGCCGCUCAUGUUGUAAAUAGUACGUAAAACUCUAUAUCGCUGUUCAUAUGGCUUGAUUGAAUAACUUUCGGAAUAAGUAUGAUUAUGCUUUAAUUUGGUUUGAUAGAUCCACAUGCAAUCGUACCAGUGUAGCCCAUUAUCUACCCCCGAAGGCAUCGUGUCAACCUUCAGUCAGUGUGCUAAACUUCAAAAAGACAAGGACCUGAAAAAGUUUGUGUCUGUGGUAGUAUUGGAUGAGAUUGGGUUAGCUGAAGAUUCUCCCCUCAUGCCUUUAAAAACACUUCAUCCCCUGUUGGAAGAUGGCACAGCUACUACUGAAGAAUCAGGAAAAACGUCCGAUCAUCACCGUGUUGGUUUUAUUGGUUUAUCAAAUUGGGCGUUGGAUCCCGCUAAAAUGAACAGAGGCAUCAUGUUGAGUAGAGGAGUACCAAGUGAAAACGAACUGCGUGAUAGUGCAAGGUUUGAGGCGAUUAUUAAUUUAAUAUUUAAAAUUGAAGUCUAAAAAUGCAUGAACACUGCAGUAAGUGUCCGAUUACAUCAAGCAUUACAUGGAGCAAGAAGACCCGCUUAACCACU